GAAUUUCCGUAUCUGAAGCAACACUGCCCUUUCAUUUCCUUGUGCAUGAGGAAGUAAAACCUUGAAGUAUGUCGAUAUUCACCAGAUGCAGCAGCUGCCGGUCAAGCUGACCGAUUACAGACGCCUCUUCCUAUCUGAGGUUAUUAUUUUUUUUGUCACACUUGACUUGCGUGAAGUAUGCUGCCUAAGGACCAGAAAAGGAUUCUACAAGAGAUUGACAUACAGUCUACUUUCGGACUGUGUACCUUGCACGUGACUCCUUUGUCAGGAACUUGCUAUAUGGAGACCAUCAGCGUUUGGGUGCGAGACCCUAAAAUACAGAAAGAAGACUGGCACUCCUACCUGGAUUAUGAAAUCUGCAUCCAUACAAACAGUAUGUGCUUCACUUUGAAAACCUCCCGGGUGCGAAGAAGAUUUAGAGAGUUUGUGUGGCUGCGCCAAAAAUUUCAGAGCAAUGCCAUCCUAACUGCACUACCAGAACUGCCACCCAAAAUCCCUUUCUUUAACAUUAGCAAUGCACAUAAUGUGGAGCAGCGCGUCCGCGGCUUGCAGGAAUUCUUGAAUAAGGUCAUGCAGGUGCCCAGUGUUGCCUCUCGGUACAGUCGCCUCUCCUUGUCCGUUGCAAACUCACUCUCUCUGGAAGAAAUUGAAGCCUGCGCCUCUGGACAGACCAAGUACACAGUUUCCGAAGCCAGUUCAUGAAUGUUUGCCACCGUCGAUCCGGCGGUUCCUGCAGAGGAGGAAGAACAAACAAGUUUGUCACGUACUUCC